CUAAGUUUGAACCGGAUUCCCGCCGUGGAGGUUGGUGUCAGGUUUCAUUCGGGGCCGCGGAGAGUCCCAGCACCGUGUUCGACCCUCGGUGCUCCUCAGCGGGCGUUUCUGGAGCAGCGCCGUGGUGUUCACACGGUUCACACCGGGGUGCUACUAAAACGCUGGCUCUAACACGGUGACAACAUGGCGGAGGCAGCGGACUGCGGUUUAACCGACGCCGCGAAGUGGAAGCAGCCAGCGGGGACGAAGAGCCGACAGAACGCCCCGAAGAAGAGCUCCGGCAGCCGGGUCAGUCUGGAGAAGGUUCUGGGGAUUACCACGACCGGCGGCAGCACCUUGAGCUCAGACCCCAACUCUGGGCUCAUCGCCUACCCUGCUGGGUGUGUCAUCGUGCUGCUUCACCCAGAGACCAACAAACAGACGCACAUCAUCAACACGUCCAGGAAGACCUUCAGCGCUGUGGCCUUCUCUCAUGAUGGGAAACACCUGGUCACUGGAGAGAGCGGUCACCUACCCUGCGUCCGGGUUUGGGAGGUGGACGGAGCUGAGGUGGCCAAGGUUCAGUCUCACAAAUACGGAGUUUCCUGCGUUUCGUUUUCCACCAACAGCUGCUACAUCGUCUCUGUGGGCUUCCAGCAUGACAUGACGGUCAGCGUCUGGGACUGGAGGAAAGCUUCCAUCAUAGCCUCCAACAAAGUGUCCAGCCGAGUGCUGGCCGUCUCCUUCUGCCAGGACAACAGCUACUUCGUCACCGCUGGCAACCAACACGUCAAGUUCUGGUACCUGGACAUCUCCAAAGAGCGGCGGGUGAACAGCACCGUCCCCCUGAUUGGUCGGUCAGGGUUGCUGGGCGACCAUAAGAACAGUGUGUUCAGCGGGGUGGCGUGUGGGCGGGGCCUCAUGGCGUCCAACACCUACUGCAUCACCAGCUCUGGUCUGCUGUGUCUGCUGAACAGUAGUCGACAGCUGGAGGCCUGGGUCCACCUGAAGACGGCAGCAGCCAGCUGCCUCUCCAUCACUGACAGCUUGGUGUUCUGCGGCUGUGCUGACGGCGUCAUCAGAGUUUUUAAUUCGUCCAACCUGCAGUACAUCAGCACCCUGCAGAGACCACAUCACCUGGGAGUGGACCUGACGCCCAUCACAGCAGACAGUGGCUCGUUACCUGCCAGUCCAGGUGUGCAGUUCCCCGACACGUUGGCUCUGACCUUUAACUCCGCCUCCUGUCAGCUGACCUGUGCGUACAGCGACCACAGCAUUUAUGUUUGGGACGUUAAAGACGUGAAGAACGCCUUGAAGACGUACUCUGCUCUGUACCACAGCAGCUCUGUGUGGAGCGUCGAGGUCUACCCGAAGCUUCAGGAUCCAUCUGAGGCCUGUCUACCUACGUCCUCCUUCCUCACCUGUUCCUCUGAUGGCACCAUCAGACUGUGGAACUCCAGACAGACCGACGUCCACAGAAACGACCUGCUGAGGAUCCUGUAUGUGGAGGAGGCUGCUGGGAAGGCCGGAGUCCGGGUGCUGGGCAUCAGUCCUGACGGGCAGCACCUGGCAGCUGGAGAUCGCUGUGGAAACCUCAGGAUCUUCACUCUGGACUUUCUGGAUGAGCUGGUGAAGAUCAAGGCUCACGACUCAGAGGUGUUGUGUCUGGAGUUCUCCCCCGCUAGCACAGGUGUGAAGCUGUUGGCUUCGGCUGGCAGAGAUCGACUGAUCCACGUCUUCAACCUGGAGAAGGACUGCAGUCUGGAACAAACUCUGAAUGACCACUCCGCCUCCGUCAAUGCCGUGAAGUUUACAGGUGAAAGUCCGGAGGUCCGACUGGUGAGCUGUGGAGCCGACAAGAGCAUCUACUUCCAGACAGCUGAGCAGACGUCGGAGGGUUUGCGGUUCUCCAGGAGUCACCAUGUGGUGGAGAAGACCACGCCCAAUGACAUGGACCUGGACUGGACCAGAACCCAGGUGGCCGUCGGCUGUCAGGACAGGAGCGUCAGAGUGUACAGCGUGGAAACUGGGAAGCUGAAGAAGUGUUUGGGGGGUUCAUCCAGCGAUGAAGGAGCUCUGCUGAAGGUUCACAUGGAUCCAUCAGGGUCGUUCUUGGCCACCAGCUGCUCUGAUAAAAACAUCACCAUCUUCAACUACGAGUCAGGAGAGUGUGUGGCGUCUCUGUUUGGACACUCAGAGACCAUCACCUGUAUGAGGUUCAGUCACACCUGCAGACACCUCAUCACUGCGUCAGCAGACAGCUGUGUGUUUGUGUGGAGGUUGGACUCUCAGCUGAGCAGCAUCAUGAGGAAGAGGCGGGGCCUCAGAUCCACACCUGCAGCCCGGAGCCUCAAACGGCUGGACGCCAGGUGGAAACAAACCUUCAGCGCUGCCAGGUCUCAGCCGCCUCACACUGAUGAAGACGAGGAGAAAGAGGAGGCCCACCUCAGGACCAAAGACAGACCAAACGCUGCUGCAGCUCCACAGCUUCAGACCAACAGGAACCUAUCGAUGGUCUUCAGAGAACUGGGUCUGGGCGUGGCCUCCCCCACCGCCCAAUCAGAUGCCGAGCCUGGUCAGGUACAGUGUCGGUGGGCGGAGCCACCAAACCCAGUGACCGUCUGCUCCAGCUUCUCCCCGAGUCCCACCAAGAGUCAGGACGACGAAGAUGAAGUCUUCCAUCCUCAGGCCCUGGACCAUCUACUGGGAGACGAGGAGGACAAUGACGAUGGAGAUGAGGAGGACCACGAGGAGGAUGACGAAGAGGACGAUGAGGAGGACCACAGGACUCCAGACAAACCGGACUCAGACGCUGAGCCUCAUCGUGCUCGGAGACACUGGUCGGCGCUGAAACGUCCCACCUUCUUUCCGAGUCCCAUCCAGUGCGAGGAGGACGAAGACUUCCAUCCUCAGGCUCUGGAGAGUCUGCUGGAAGACGAGGAGGACGGAGAGGUCAGCCAGGUGAAGUCGAGCUCCAGCGCUGCCUCAGCAGGUGAGACUCGGAGAGGAAACGCAGACGGCAGUGAUGUUGGUGACGACUCGUCAGUUUGUUGCAGACAUGAAGGUGAAGAAUCGGUCAGCAUAGAACAAUGCCGGCAGGUCGCAGACGAUCUGCAACAGGCGGCGAGCCGAGCCGUCCACCUUUACCUACAGCUCCAGGGUGUAGAGCAGCAGACAGAGAUGAUGUCCGUCCUGCAGGAGGCCGUCCAGCGGGCUUCUUCUCUGCUGCAGGAGGCUCAGCAGCAGGUGGACCAGUGGAGCGGCGCCCCCUGAUGGUCAGCUGGAGAACCACGUGUCUCUACUGAGUCAUAAGUACCACACUGUAUGGACACUGUAUAUAGGUUGUUGUCAAAAUAAAGACCCAGAUUUUUGUA